AUGGCGCCUCCAGAGUCGUCGCAGGACCCCUCACAGAGCGACGGGCAGCAGGCCUCGUCGUCGUCGUCGGCGGCCCCGGCCAACCCGGAGGUCCAGUCGGCCUACAACGACCUGCGCCGGCUGAUUCCCAUGCUCGCCUCGGAGCUCGACCAGCUCAGGGCGGCCCUGCGCGAGCACAACCUCUGGCUCCAGCGCUACGGCCACUCGGCCGCCGCCCCCUCUCAGGACCCCUUCACAGCCAACAACAACAACAACAACACCCAGACAGGACCACCAUCAGGGGGGGAUCAUCAUCCAGCUGCCGUGUCUCCAUCAGAGUUAAAUACAACUACAGCCACAAGUGCGUCUACCAACACCGCUAUAUCAUCAUCAACAGCAACAACAGCAACAACACCACAAACGCCAGCCGCCUCAGACCUCCCCAGCUACUCCGGCGUCCCCGAACUCCCGGGCUACUCGGCCUCCGACGUGCCCCCCUACACGGGCGGGCCCAACUCGGUCUCCCUCAUGGCCUCCUCGGCCUCGACCUCGACCCGCGAGGAGGUCGAGCACCGCCGCGACGAGCUGACCAACUGGCUGGCCGAGGGCGAGGACACGCUGCGCGAGUACUCGGCCCGCUUCGCCCAGCUCGGCGAGGAGCUCGGCGUCAGCCCCCCCGAGGACGUCCUCGGCACCUGGAACGAGGCCAGCCCGGACAACGCCCUCCCCGACUACGCGCAGGUCGAGACCCGCGAGGAGCUCAUGGUCGGCGGCGUCGGCGAGGUGCCCCCGCCAUACGUACGCGGCAUGGCGCUGGAGAAGGUGGCCAGCUGA